AUAUUUUUUUGAAACGGAUGAAUAUCUGUAUGUAAUAUAGUGAACAAGUAUUUAUUUGAGAGGAUAAAAAAUAUUUGAUUUUUAUGGCGAGCAUACAAAAUAAUCCAAUCCAAACGUCAUAAACACGAUUUUGGUUCGAAUUCAUCCCUCUUUCCUUGCAACUUCUCCUUUUACUUUUUUAGCCGUACAGGGGUUUUUGGUGCGUAAUCGGGAAGUUGCAUUUCUUUGUAUGUAAGGUUGUAGAAAGGGGCAAUUGAAUUGAAUUACUGUGAGUGGGUACUAUGGUGAGAUCAUUUGAGAAUGGGGUAUCUGUUGCACCGUUCUUGUUGAAGUGUUAUGAGAUGGUGGAGGAUGAAUCAACGGACGGAUUGAUUUCUUGGAAUAAAUCUGAGAACAGUUUCAUCAUAUGGGAUGUUCCUAAAUUUUCAUCUGAAUUGCUUCCUAAAUACUUCAAACAUAGCAACUUCUCUAGCUUCAUUCGUCAACUCAACAUCUAUGGUUUCCACAAAACUGAUACAGAUAGAUGGGAAUUUUUGAAUGAUAGCUUUCUCAAAGGCCGAAAGCAUUUUCUAAAGAAUAUUGUUAGAAGGAAACAGUCCAGUGUAGUCCAAAAGAAACCAUCCCAGCCGGAGGAGGCCAAGUCUUGUACAUCUGAAGAAACUAAGAGUCUUAAACUAUGGAAAGUAGUUGAGAAUCUCAAGGUUGAUAAAAAUGUGCUCAAGCAAGAGUUAGUCAAGCUCAGGGAACACCAGCAGAAUUCAGAGAGUAAGUUGAUACUUCUACGAGAACAAUUAAAAGUUAUGGAGAAAAAUCAGCAACAGAUGCUUUCCUUCAUUGUUAUGGCCAUGCAAUGCCCAAGUUUUUUUGUACAGUUCUUCCAGCCCAAGGAAAACAAUUUGCGUAUGACUGAAAAUGGCAAUAAUAUACUGAGUGAAGUUGAAGAUGAUUGCGAAGAUUUUCCAUCUGAUCGAGCGAUUGUGAGGUAUCAUCCUCCCACUCAUGGCGAAGCUGCAGCUGCAGAGCCCCCCCUUUGUGCUGAACCCCUUUGUGCUGAACCUGAAUCUGCGUUGGAUACUCAGAAACCGAUGGAGCUCGAUCUUUCGUCCGAUGAAAUUAAAGAUCUGUUUUCCAAAAUAGAUUUAUUCUCAGGAUUAAUGGAUGAAAAGCUGCUUUCUUUUGAAAAUAGUGUCCCUCUUACUUUGCCAUAUCUUCCUGAUGAUGAUGACAUGUUGGAACAGCUGCUUUUGUCCAGUACAAUAACUGAGAAUAAAGAAGAUGAAGUGAAAGACAGUAAAGCUCAUUCCCAUAUUGGCAUGGAGGCUGACUUGUCAUUCCAGCCGAUAGAGUCUGGAACUUUUAUAGGUUCAGAGGAGCCAUUUCUCAGUCUUGAAGAUACAAAGAUGGAAAUGGCUGUGCUGGAAACUCAGUCAGAAAACGUAAGUAAUAUGGAUAAACUAACUGAAAACAUGGGGCAUACUAAAUUCUGAAGGAGCCCAUGCUGAUGCGAAUUGAGAAGAUCUAUUGUUGAGUUCCUUGUUUUACAUCUGCCAUCCUCUUUGGUCACUUAAUUUUUGUAUGGACCUAUCCUUUUCUUCUCUUCCUUUGAAAUCACGAAUAUUGUAACUCGGUAUAUAUAUGCAUAGGUGAACAGUAAACGACUGCUAAAAGCUUAAUUGAGUCUUUCACCUUUCUCCUGGGGUC